AUGGUGUCUUCGUGCAUCAGCUUGUCGCUUGUUAAUCCAGUGAAGCUAUACUACGUGCCAGGCUCUACUCUGUGGCUACGUAUAUUCAGCACCUUCAGCACGUGGAAUCCGAUAGGCUUUACCCUUUUGGUACAGAUGAUGUUUUUGAACAAUGUCUGUGGGAACAUUGAGCGCUCUUACAUCUUGGAAUUGGGGAUGUUUCCCAGAAAAGUGGUGCGCCAGCUAGAUGGAGCGAAGCGGGUCAGAAUGAAGCAGAAGUUCGAGAGGUACCGGAGCCUUGACUUUGCGUGGUUCCUCAUGCAGCUAGCAAUAUCAUGUAUUGUGGCUGCUCACCUUCAGCAGAAAGUCACGGGUAUGUUUCACGUACCUCCAUGGCUCAUGGGACAUGUUCUUGACAAUGUGCUUUUGUACAUUGCAGGCAAGCUCACACCGGAGGAAGGCCUCACCAUGGUCAUAAUAGCAGUGAAGAAAAGAUACGCUUUCUGGGUAUUCUCCGUGGUGAAUUACGUGUUCUCCCAAGAAGUGGCUGAUGUUCCGGUGAUGUGGACUAUGUCUGGGACAAUGGCAACGAUCAAGUACAUUCUCCAAGGCCAGGUUCUCUGGUGCACCAUAUCGAAGGUGAUUGUGGGCCAUUUCUGGUGGUUUCUUCGAUACUUCAUCUUGGAGGAUGUGUACAAUGAGAGCAAGACAGAGUCAAGAGAGCAGUGGCUGGUGGCAUUUGAGCAAUUUGAGACGAGAGAUCCCGUGAAAGAGAAAUUUCAGAACAUGGUGGGAGACUUUAUUCGGUUCCUUGUUAUUCCUCCGUGGUACGCCAUCGAGAUCAGAAAGCUUCUCAACGAAGAGCCACAGGAGCCCCAGGAGGAGCCGGUCGAGCAGAGGGAAGUUCAAGAAGACCUUGCUCAGGAGGUUCCAGUUCAGGAGGAGCCCGUUCAAGAGCUAGAUGCUAGGUAG